AUGCCGGACUUUGCCUUCCGCGAUAUCGUGCCUGCGGUUCGCCGCACCGAGUGGUCGAGGGUGCGGGCCUGCACGUGGGUGGGUCUGGCCAUCUUUGUCGUCUUCUUCUCGCCAUUCCUGGUCGAGGGAACGGCAGUGGCGCUGGCGCUCGUGGCCCUCGUUCCGCUGGCGCUGGGCCUGGGGCUCAUCGAACACUUCGUGCCCUCCGUGUGGCUCAGCAUGGUCGUCCUCUUCAUCCACGUCGCGGGCCUCGCCGACCUGGUUUCUGACUUCAACCUGCUGGGCAAGACGCUCAUCGCCUACUUCACCGGCAGCUGGGUCGACGACGAAGACGAGAACGCAGAGGGCGACUCCGACGAACGACAGCUCCUGCUCGCUCGCGUGCUCAUUACCCUCAUCGGUGCACUUCCCGUCAUGCUCUUCCUCAUGUUCGGUAUGCCGCCCACGGUGAAGCUAUUCGACGACCUGGACGGCACCUCUUCGUCGUCUUCGCAGAAGUCGUCCUCGAACAGCGGCAUGAGCAACGGAGUGGCGCUCAUCCUCUUGGCGCUGGUGUGGAAGGUCAUCAUGGUGUGCCUGCGGCUGUUCCUCCUCUUCCGCGUGACGAAGGACAUCAUCAUCGCCGGGCGCAUACGCAAGGAGUCUCGCACUGCCAUAGAGCUCACCGAGCUCUUCCUGUUGGCCGAUCUCCUGUGGAGCGGCAUCCCGCUCGGCGUGCUCACCUUCCUCGAACUCUUCUUCUACGGCGAUGGCUUUAAGGGUGACGAGGUGCAGGUCUUUGAGCUUAUCAAGCUGGUCGCGGUGGCGGUGGAUGCACUGGCGGCGUCGUACAUCAUCUACUUUGCCAUCUUUGGUCUGGGCAGGUUCUGCCACCUCGAGGGCCAUGACGACGAAGACGAACCAAAGCACGAACACGACGAGCACCCGCACACUGCCGAGCGCAAGAAGGUGACCCCAGCGAUGACCGCGAUACAGGCGGAGAAGGAACCACUCGUCAUCAACCACGCCAAGAAAAUGAAUGUAUGA